AUGGCAGCUCCAGGAGGGAAGUUCUUCAUCCAAGACAAGCUGAAAGAUGUCGCGCCUCAUCAUGAGAGCUUCGAGCAACUAUGGGAGACGAAAUGGAAGAUGCCUUGCACAUUGGGGCUCUAUCCCUUCAUGUUCGGGGCUUUGAAAGACUUCGAGCCUGUCGUCGAACGGCUUAUCAAGGAAGGACAGAAGGAGCCGUACGACUGGGAUGCAUACGCUCAAGCCUUCUUUCCGAAAGCAGAGGAGCUUGUUGCAGAGGCGGAGAAGGCUGAGCAAGAAGGCAACCAAGAGAAAGCAUCUGAGUUCCACUUACGAGCGUCCGCAAUCUACAGGAUAUCACGGUUUCCAGCACCUCGAUCUGAGAAACAGCGGUAUGCCUGGAUAGAAGGCAAGAAAGCUGCGAACAAAGGUCUUGCACUCCGGGAGAGGCCGACGAAAGCAAUGACUAUCCCGCACAAGCACGGCCUUGAGAACGAAGGCAAAGACGUACAGUUCUACUACCAUUUACCACCCGGUACUACGAAAGAUAAGCCAGUGCCCCUAGUGAUUAUCCUAAGUGGUCUGGACGGAUAUCGGACAGAGCUCGCCGUCUGGAUCGAAGGCUGGUCGCAGAAGGGUGUCGGAGUGAUCGUGCUCGAGAUCCCUGGGACUGGAGACUCGCCAGCUGCACCAAAUGACCCUACAUCUCCCGAACGCGAAUGGUCGAGCCUGUUCGAUUGGAUCGAUCAGCAGCCCGAGAUCGACCACAGCAGGCGAGCAUUAUGGGGCUUCAGCACUGGCGGCUAUUACGCCAUCCGGCUGGCCCACACUCACCACGACAGACUUGCCGGUGUCGUUGCUCUUGGAGGUGGCUGCCACCACAUGUUCGCUCCGGAAUGGCUGUCAAAUGUGAAUCAUCUGGAGUAUCCGUUUGACCUUGCGCACACGCUGGCGUACAAAUGGGGCUAUGGGGAUGACCUGGAGAAGUUCAAGCAGGAAGGUAUGAAGUUCUCGCUUGUCGAGGAUGGCACGCUGGACAAGCCGGACUGCACAAGGCUCCUGCUUGUGAACGGCGUGGGGGAUGAGAUAUUCCCUAUCGACGAUUACUACGAGUGCAUACAACGUGGCACGCCCAAGGAAACUCGGUUUAUCCAGUCGAGGAAGCACAUGGGCGAGCCUGAGUCCUUCAUUGUCAUCUUGAGUUGGCUGUACAAGCUUUUCGGGCUGGCGGGUCAUCCUGGGGAGCAGAUGCGGACCAUUCCUUCUAGACCGAAGUAUUAG